CACGCGCACCGUUCGUGUGAAAUUUCCAUGAUCGUGUUUUGUUUUUGUGGAAAAACUCGACACUUUUGUUUUCAUAGCGUUAGUUUUUCCUCGGCGACUGUGUUUUGUUUUUAAUUAGUGUUUGUGAAAAUGGUGCGUAGUGCAAAAGUGUGGUUUGUGAGGCGCACCAAAGUGGUGCCUGAGCCGUCGGUGUAUAGUGUGCCUAUUGAUAUGUCUUCGACCUCUACGCUGGAUGUUGCCAAUUUGGAUGUGGUUACCGUCCCCCCGGCCCCCGCGGAGAUGCAGGCCCGGCACAGCUACUGGUGGCAUCUGCUCAUAGACCUACCCAUACUGCUGCUUGUGGCAGCAGUAUGCAUCCUUCUAGAAGUAGGCGCGAUCCCGAGCCGGCGGAGCGGUUUUACAUGCAACGAUCCUGCUCUCUCUUUCCCGCACGUGGGGGACACGAUCUCCCUCUCACUCGUCGGAGCUGUCACUGUCAUCGUGCCUUUUAUUAUUCUAUGGGCAGUCGAAACCUCUCUACACCGAGACGACGAAUACUCCCUCAAGAAGAGCAGACUAUCCACCAGCGCGAAAACCGCCGCCCUCAUCUACAAGGACUACAUAUACGGCGCCGUGUUCAAUCUGAUCAUAUUAGAGGUGAUCAAGUGUGUGGUCGGGUCUCCCCGGCCGACGUUCUUCGAGCUGUGCAAGCCAGAUAAAUUGGAGACUUGUGAGGGGUCGACAUACGUGACCCAAUAUAAGUGCACGUCGGACUACUCCCAGUACCAGCGAAUCGAUGCUAUCCGAAGUUUCCCGUCCGGACACUCUUCACUCUCUGUCUACUGCGGACUCUUUCUAGCGUGGUACCUCCAACGGCGUGCAUUCAGCUGGCACAGUCGCUCGGUGCUGAUCGUGCCACUGGUACAAGCCGUGUGCCUGGGUUACGCCGCGGUGUGCUCUUUGACAAGGGUGUCGGACCACAGGCAUCAUUGGUACGAUGUGCUAGCGGGCGCCAGUAUGGGGUUAAUCAGCGCUUUGUACACGGUACUAGUACUUUGCAAGAACUUCUCCCAACCAGCCGUGGUCAGCACCAGCGACAUCUCCAGCAGCGACGGAACCCACCACAACCCUGACACCAAGCUCCUGCCGAAUCGGGUCAUGAUGCCCUAGCCUCAAGCUGUGUAAGCGUGCUAAACGUGCGCCAGAGUACCCUACCGUGCCCUACUCGAAGCUGUGCACGCUUGCAAUGGACAAUCUCACCCCGGUUGGGGUUAUUGCGAACAUUAGUGAAUAUGUACAACAUGAUACUUAGUGUAGAAGAGUGUUCGGAAAAUUGACGUGUAGCAAUUUGAGUGUUAGUGUCUAAAGCGUACAAAUCAUAGUAAAUUUCUUAAGUGAGAUUUAGUGUUUGGGAAUUAGUAAAGGCCACUUUCAUCUUUCAUUUGUUUUAUGAUAUGACAUAUAUAAACAGAUGUGACAUAAUUUUCAAUCAAUGACAAUAGACAACGAAAGAAUGAUUACAAUACAUAUUAUUUUAAAUUAAUUCUAAUCUAAAUGCUUUUUAGUGACUUGAGUGAUUUUAUGAAAGACUUGCAAAAAAUUAAAAUAAAAGAGCACUGCGUAGAUAUAAUAGAGGACCACUAUAUUACCUAACUAAAUGAAUAAACCUGUUGAAACGUAACUUGUAUUUCGUCGGGUGACAAGCAAAAGUCACUAACUAACACCAUUGAAAUUAUCGGACAGUAAACCGUGUAAAAAAGUGCAUUGUUACUUCAAUUUUUUGAUAGUACUUAGUGACUUUUGCUUGUCACCCGACGGUUUGUGAUUUUUGGUAGUGCAUAACUCACUAAUUGUAAUCAUUUGGAUUUGAGACAAACUGUGUUUGCUUAAAACAUCAUUUUCUUAAUAAUCACAAGUUAUUGAAAGUUCUGAAUAAAUAUCUAUAGUUACUCAUUGUUAUGUAGAACUUUUGUCUUGAUCUACAAAGGUAAAUUAUAUCAUUCAAAAUCAAUCAAUGUAGUGUGAACUUUUUGACAUUAAUUAACGUAUUUGUUAAAGUCAAAAAGUACAGAUAAACAAGACUGUCUUAAUGCAUUUAAGACGUUAUACCUAAAUCGUUUAAACUCAUUUCUUUUUUUUUCUAAAAAAACACUUGAGGCUUAACGACUAACUAGAGAAUGACUAAAAAAAUAACAUUUAGAGAACUGUGCCCAUAGCUUAGAUAAUCUUGUUAUUUUGUGAAUUUUUUUAGCAAAAUUACGGAAAAAAGGUCAACGAAAGUCGAAAAAAGUAUAUGCGUCUGAUUAUAUUAUAUCGUGAGAUUAUAGAAGACUUCGCUCUGUUUUUAUCUUACAGUGCGUACUUCUACCAUAACGUGGGGCUAAUGGAAUUUUAAAAAUCAUAGGAGUUGAGUACAAAUUUUCUAUACUUUACGACGUGAAUGAAUGUGAAACACGUAUGUAUCUGAAAGUGAUUAAAUGAGUAUAUAAUGAUGCGAAAUUGGGUCUCUGAUGAUUUUUAUAGAUCAAAGUAGCCCCAGGAUCCGAACUAACCCCUCUCGAAGACGUAUUGUAAAAUGUCUUUAAAGUAAAGAUUUAAUACCAGUGAUGUUUCGUUUAGGUAAAUAAUAAAAAUAUAAAUCGUUAGAAAUAAGAUAUCUGCCAGCAUCCAUCUUGUUUCAUAGAAUUAGAUAUACUUAAAUUCUUUUAAAAGACCAUUUAGUGUUAAAAUGUUAGAAGGCAUUUAUGCUAAAAAAUACAAAAUUCGCAAAAAAAUGUACCAAAACCAUUCUAAAAAAACUGUUUAAAUCCAUACCUGUGCAUACUCAGGCUACGAACACUAAAGUGAUGGCAAGUAUUAAAGUUUUUUAGCUUAACCUCUAGCCACCCAGAGACCUAUAAAAAGGUCCCCUAUUCCAUUCUAAUUUGAACUCUGUGUUGACAAAAUAAAAUUUCUUUUUGCUUGGCAAGGUUUGACGUAUGGGCGGCUAGAGGAUAAGAGACACGAUAUUCGACAUGUAUGAUAUUGAACCUGUUUACAGUAAUACAGGAUUUCUAAUAGUUACCUAAGCAAAUGCAUAAAUAUACUUAUGUCAAUAAAAUUUAAUAAUAAACAUCGAUUAGUAUUCGUGUCCCGAAUUAGCACAACUAUGGUCAUAUGUAAAUCGCUGUUUAACCUUUUAACCGCCGAAGACUGAUAUAUAAGACAAACUAAAUCGGGCUCAUUUCGCCGCGGUCUCAUAAAAAAUAAGACAAAAUUUCGUGUAACUACGUACCGCCGGUGAUACGAGCACGCUCGAUGAAAAAUUAUAUGGCGGUUAAAAGGUUAAAAAAACACAAGCUAGCUCUCCUAGCACUACGCUAUACGUUGAUGCUUCAAAGCAAUUAGUGAUAGAUUUCUGUAAGCAACCGUCUACUUAUAUUAACUUAUUAAUUAUAUUUAAUUGUUUAACAGACAGUAUUUACUGUACAGUACCUGUCUAGUCGUAAGUUUAAAAUCGUACCCACCUAGAGUUAAUUAGUUACACAUAAUUAUGUACUGCGUUUAUGAAGUCAAAGUUAAAAAUGUCUACACUUUUAACAGAUAUCUUUAAAAAAUGAAGAAGAAACUACUACCUUCCAGAUCAUAUAUGACAUGACAGUGUUCGUGCUAAAGUGUAUAUAUUUUUGAUCUUGACUUUUUAUACAUUUAAGUCAGGACUAUUUAGAAUUAUUUUCGUAGUGGUAAUACUUUUUUUUAAUUUAGAAUUUGCCACUGAAGCUUUAGUGCAGGGAAUAGAGUCGAUUAUGGUUUUGUUUGAAAACUGAACGAAACAAAACAAAUGCUACUCUGUUCCAAUUGAAUAAGAUUUAAAUUUCAUCGAACUGAAUAAGUACUAUAGGUAGGACCUUGGGACUUAAGAGGAUACAUUAAGUUGUAAAAACAAAUACAUGAAAAGAAAUUACAAGUAUGUAAUGGUGAAAUCCUUAGAGUUCUUUAUGUUACAAUCGAAAUAAGAUUGCUAGCUGCAUAUUCAUAUCAUUGCGUGGGGCUAUUCGAAACACCUGAAGCUAUUUAAGAACUUUUUCUUUUUAUCAGCCUAUAAAUGUGCCCCACUGCUGGGCAAAGGCCUCCCCCCUUUCCCGCCAUUUGGUCCUAUCCAUCCUAUUAAAAAAAUAAGAGUAUAAAGAUUCGAGGUUUAUUUUGUACCAUAGAAAAGGUUAAAACAAUUACUUUAUACUUAUUAUAAAUUAUUUGUUCCAUUACGAUACUGUAAAACAGUUCGACUGUGUUCCAGACAGCCCCACCGCUCUAAUAUUUAUUUUUGGGUAUAUUUGACAUUAUGUUUUAAUUGUAUGACCACUACGAAAAAACGAGUUGUCCUUGUCUAAACUCUGUUAUAUUUUUAUUUAUUUUGAAUAUUGACAUUCUGACAUUCCCGGCAUUUAAAUGGAGAUUAGUUAAUGUUAUUUUUAAUUUUGUAAAUAUUAGUUUUAAGCGUAGACUGUGUUUGAUCGUAUGCUGUCUUUGAGUAAUUAAUAGACAAUCUUUAUU